UCUUUUCUCCCGGAAAAAUAUACUUCCCUCCAUCCCAUUUUAUAUGAAGCCAAUUUAAAUAGAAGUUUUACGUCCGCGAGGUUCUCUUCUACUGUUUUGUUCUUCUCAGAUGACAAGUACCGCCGUUUAUAUGCCGCUCCUUCUUUGACAGAGAAAGAGAGAGAGAGGUGAAGCUCCUUUUUUUAGUGUUCCAAAAAUGCCAAAAAGAAGAAGAAGUCACAGAAAGAGGAAAACAAAAAGAAUCCAUGAAGUUGGAAAUGCAGGAGAAGGUACAGCUUGUAGCGAUAGAAUUUCCAACUUGCCACUCGAAAUCAUCCAUGUAAUUCUUGUUAAGAUUCCAACGAGAGAUAUGGCAAAAACUAGUGUUUUGUCCCAGAGAUGGCGAAGAGUUUGGGCUUCUCGCCCAACUAUUUAUUUGGAUGAAUUGGUAUUUGGGGCCAACUAUUUCUCAUACACUGAAAGAGACAUACAGAAACGAGAUGCCUUCUUAACUUACUUGAAAAAAUCCUUGGAAAUUCGUAAGGAGUAUGAAAACAAUUCUGCAGUGGACAUACUCUUUCUUCAAAUGACAGUUGAGAAUUCUUCUGCUGCAUCCCUGGUCCAAAAAUGGAUUUAUUUUGUCUUAGAAAAUAAGGCUAAAGCGUUAUGUCUUCAUUUAAAAACGACUUACGGUCUGCCUUUCAACUUGCUCGAUAUUGCUUUCUUUGCUGAUACAUUACUUUGGUUGGUCAUCCAUGACUGUGAGAUUACAAAUUGUUCUUUUAUGCUUCCUAAUCUAGAGGUACUAUUUCUAUCUGAUGUGUGCAUUGAGAAUGACGAUUUGGUGGAUCUCAUUGCCGGCUGCCCUCAAAUUGAAUAUUUAAGCAUUGAUAUUUAUCCAGAUUUAGAAAGGUUAAGCAUUGUAGUUUCAAAUCCUAACCUGAAAUUUUUUACAGUGCAUCGUCCUGGUUUUGAUAGUAAAAUACAAAUACAAUCCACGAAUCUUAAAUCUCUUGAAUUUAGUUCCACAUGUAUGGACAUGUGUGAAAUAGAGAUUACGUCCACGACAACAGUGAGAGAUUUGACUUUGCGAAAUGUUUAUUAUGACCUAGAAAGGACAUCAAUGCAUUUUAUAAACAAAUUCCCUCUACUUGAGAAACUCGUAAUAGAUGGUUACAGUAACAUAUGUGAAGUUGAGAUUACUUCUAUGCCAACAGUACGGAAUUUGACAUUGUAUAAUGUUUAUGACCAAGAUACGCCAUGGAUGCAUUUUAUAGACAAAUUCCCUCUACUUGAGAAACUCGUGAUAGAUGGUUGCUGUAAUUUGCAAACACUUUAUGUUUCUCAUCAGCAUGUGACGAGCUUUGUGGCUAAGGUGUACGAUGCAGUAGAGGAGAUAAGAAUAGAUGCUCCUAAGUUAAAAUCAUUUGAGUUCACGGGUGGCCUCACGUCUUUCACUGGCAUAAAAGCUUCACGGGAGCUGAAAUUUGUUAAACUCUAUCUAAAACCCCAUAAGCUUGAUGCUCGGUGGUACACCUGGUUAAGAGACCUUUUGAAUUCUUUUGCUCAUUUCAAGCAUUUGAGUUUGAUUUGCCAGAAUGAACAGGUAAUAAACCCCUUUUUUCCCCCUUUUUCUGGGUGUAAAAUCCACCAUAUGUUAUGAUGUUCCUUUAUUGCAUGCCAUACUACAAUUUCUUGAUGCCCAUGCCCAACUCCCGAACCCUUGCAAUAGUAUGUUGACAAAAGCUAAGAAAGUGCUUGCGAAUAAAAGUUUAGUAACAAUGAAGAAUAAUAGGUCAAUUGGAUCAAAGAUGAUAACACCUUUGAUUCGAGAAGUGUAAUAUAGGAAGAAAGGGUUGCAUAUUAGCUUAAUUUCCUUAUAUCUUAUAUAUUACUUUUGAUGGCCUUAUAAGAAGAGAAGUUCGUGGUUGCUGUUUCUGUUACUACAUAUAACUUGGUUUCUAAAACUUUUUUAGUUGCUUUCAACUAUGCAAUUGUUUGGUUAUAAAUGAUUCAGAGUUGA